UUACUCAAACUGUUCAAAACACAAGACACACACUAUGUACAGUUGUAUUUCCUUUUCUCAUACUUUUUUAAAGUAAGGCUUUCCAAACUCUGUCGACAGUCCCUCUCUCCAGCUCUCCCCAAACCCUGGAGGUGUUUGGGCGGAAAUGAUUUUCUCCAGCGCUGCUCUCUUGUUGCGGGCGAUCCUGUCCAGCUGCUCCGGGGACAGAGGAGUAGGAGACCGGCUGGAAACCUCAGGCUCCACCGCCGAGGACUUUGGCUUCUUCUGCACAAUUUUAGUGUAUUUACCAAAAUACAAAACGUGUGAGAAAGGUGCAGCUUGAUGAUUUAAAAACCCUCGACAAUGCAGAACAAACAUAUCGUGGUUGGUAGCCGAUUGCACAACUCUUAUCAACAAGGAACAACACAGCGGUGCUUGUGAACGCAGCUUGGGUUACCCUGAACGUGUCGCGGGAAACUACGCAUCCCUCUGCUUUAAUACUACCGCAAGUACAAUGCAAGUUAUGUUUUAAUAUGGAUAUAUUUUAGCAUUGCACAGUUCACACAAGGCUAAUGUUAAAUGACAGACUGAAGUAAUAGACGUUUUGCUCACCGGGUCUUUUGCAUUCUCCUCGGAUUCAUUUGUUUCGUUAGAAAUCCGUUUUUUCGGGACUGGUGAGAAAAAUGAGUUAAUAGUUUUUUGCCCAAUCAUUUUGUUCAAACCUCGACGGUAAGCUAUUGUGAAAAACGGAGAUGGGCUCCUUGGAAAACUAAACCCCUCUCGCUGGGAUUGAAGUGUUCGCGCCAACAAGAAGUGACGAAACGAAGUUAUGUUAAUGAGCUGAGCUCUGUUCAAGACACACUGCUGUUUGGUGUUUUCACAGUCAAGUAAAUGGGUCCUUAAACUGAGAACCAAUGGAAAAGUUUGUGAAAAAACGCUCCUUCAUCAGUGAUGCAACAAGGCCACAGAAGAAGAUCAAACUGGAGGGUGAUGAGGGGAUGAAGCAGGAUGAGGAAGAUGACUUCUCACAUCCUGUUCCCUGGCAGAAAAUAGAGGCAGAAGGACUAGACUGUGAUUAUGCUCUGCUGUUCUCCAAAGAAGAAGCAGACAUGCUUUUUAAACAGCUGGAGGAAGAGGUGGUGUACUCAACAGGGGAAGAAGCUAAGGUCCAGGUGUUUGGCAAGGUGUACGAUAUACCAAGAAAGCAGGCCACAUAUGGAGAUGCAGGUCUCACCUACACUUAUUCAGGAGUGACACGUUUAGCCAACUCUUGGACUCCAACCUUGGAAUAUAUACGGGAUGCUGUCACAAAAACAACUGGACAAGCAUUCAACUUUGUCCUGGUCAACAGGUACAAAGAUGGCCACGAUCACAUGGGCGAGCAUCGUGAUGAUGAAAAGGAGCUGGACCCCCUCUGUCCCAUCGCCUCUGUCUCCCUGGGAACGCCACGAGACUUUAUCUUCCGGCACAGAGAUGCUCGGGGAAAACAGGGCCGCAGGCAGAUUGAACCGGUGAAGCUGGAGCUCGUUCACGGGAGCCUCCUCCUCAUGAACUCCCCAACCAAUACUUUCUGGUACCACAGCCUGCCUGUCCGCAAGAAGAUUUCCCUGCCUCGCAUCAACCUGACAUUUAGACGCAUCGUACUUGACAGAAAGAAAUUACCAGUAGGGGAUUAACCUGGCCAGUGGCCCAAGAAUCUUCUGACUAAGGGACAAUUUAGGCUGAAUGGACAAGCACAUGAAUAUCCCAAAUCUAAUAUGGGUUUUGCUAAAUCUGAGAAACUAUAAUGAUGUCACAGGGUGAAAUAAGAGAGGACUGUUUACUGGGACUCUGAAGAAUGAGCAUAUUUUUACUGUGAAUUUAUAUUUGUUGAAAAUGACCCAAAGGUCUGACUGAUUCAAUUUCAAACCAUCAUUUCAGUAACUUUACAUCCAGUUGUCUUGUAAAACAGCCGGCAAUUUGCCCGAAGAAUGGGACACUUGCAUCCUUAUUACAAAUUAUCAUUAUAUUUUGAGAGGUGCGCUGUAUGACCUUCCCAAGAAGAUGCUCACUCACACUUGUCUUAUUUAAUUAUGGUCGAUGUGUUGCCUGAAAAAGAUUUUGUUCAGACUUAGCGUUGGAUGGGUUUAAAAUGUUUUGAAAGUGCCUGCUGAUCUAUCCCUACCAGUUAUCUGUAAAUUAUAUAUAUAUAUAUAUGUCUGCUUUAGGCACUAAAAAUGUGUCGUAGUGUUUGGGUCAAGGACAUGUCGGUGUGUGCUGAUAUUUAGCAUCUCUGCUGGCCUGCAAUCUCUGAUAAUUAUCUCUAAAUUAUGAUUUUGCUGUAAAGAAUACAACUCUGAAUUGA